GGCUGCGGGGAGGAGGCAAGCAAGGGCUCCUCUUCCGGGCUCGCCUGCCCCACCAAAGGCGCCUCUUCCCCCUGCCUGCCUCCAUUCCCAGCCCAGGCAGCUCAGGCCUCUGGGAAGGCAGGAAAGAGGAUGGUCCACAUCGGAGACCUGCCCGAAGACCUCCUUCUGCACUUGCUCUCUCUGGUGCCCGGCAGGGACCUGAUCCGCAACUGCCGGCUGGUUUGCUCCCAGUGGCGAGACCUGGUGGAUGUGCCCACGGUGUGGAGACGCAAGUGCCAGUGGGAGGGCUUCCUUCCCCGGGGGCAGGACAGGAGCGUCCCCAAUUGGAAGAUGUUCUACUUCCUCUGCCUUAAGAAGAGGAACUUAAUCAAAAACCCUGCAGCUGAAGCUGGUCUUAAGCACUGGGUAACUAUUGUCCACAAAGAUGAUGAGUGGAACAUCAAAGAUCUGCCUGGUGUCGAUGGGAGAGAAUUUCCCCUCCCACAUGUUCAGAAAUGCUUUGUCACUCCACUUUACUGGCGCUCCACGAAGGAACAAUACAUCGACUUAAGGAAGGAGGGCUACUGGGCUGAGCUGAUGGACGAAACCAAGCCGGACAUUGUGGUGAAGGACUGGUACAUUGCUAGGUACGCUUCCGGCUGCCGAUACACACUGACCGUCCAGCUGCUGGCUGAAAAUUCCAUGAUCCUGGAAACGUUUGAAGUUCCAAAGGAGGUGAUACGGCAGUGGAACGAUGCAGAAUGGCAUGAGAUUACGCACACUUUUCACAACUACCCUUCUGGUGUCCGCUACAUCCAUUUUAAACAUGGAAGCAGAGGUGCUAAGUUCAGGCUGAAUCGCUAUGGCGUCUGUGUAACCAACAGCGGUGUCACCAUCGGCCCUGAGAUGGCCCCCCGAGUAGGGAAAGAGACAGCACCCUUAACUUCCUCUGUUCUCUUUGGAGCUCUUGGUUCAAAUCUUGAAGCCUUGACUGGAAGAUCUGCUGGCUUUAUACCUGAUAAUGCUUAACUUCUGGGCAUGCAGAGGGAAUCGGGUCAGAUGAAGAAGAUAUUGGAUUUAUAGCCCAACCUACACUCUGAAUCUCAGUCUCAGAGCAGUCAACAAUCUCUUUUACCUUCCCACACACACAACAGACACUCUGUGAGGUGGGUGGGGCUGAGAGAGCUCUUACAGCAGCUGCCCUUUCAAGGACAAUUCCUACAAAAGCUAUGGCUGACCCAAGGCCAUUCCAGCAGGUGCAAGUGGAGGAGUGGGGAAUCAAUCCCGGUUCUCCCAGAUAAGAGUCCGCACACUUAACCACUACACCAAACUGGGAUGAAAGUGUGAGGGAUGAAGGACAUUGGGCUGGUUUCUGGGAGCAAAGGGGUGAAAUCAUCAGAGAAAGGGAAUUUUACCCAUUAGGUCUCCUUUCAAAGAUGACUGACAGACAAAAUGAUUGGAAAAAAGCUGUUUCCUAUCUGAUUGCAAAAAAAACCCAACAACACUCUACUGUUGAAGGCGUGGAUCUCUGCUGUUGGGAGUCAAGAAGAAAAUAAACUACAUUUCCAAGAC